AAAAUGACAUCCUUGGACCGAGUGAUACGUCUAAUUCAUAACGAACAGUGUAAUUUCCGGGUGUCUGAUGAUAUAGUCAAAGACAUAGAAGAUAUGGUGGUUCAUCUUGUGAAAGACCUACUUCCGAAACUUAUAAAAAGCUACCCAGGUUGUCAUUACUCUGUAGCAGAAGUGGUUGACGCAGGAAGCUAUUUCGAACAAACCAAAAUAGAACUCCCGAACGAGUUCGAUUUUAUGCUAGUUGUGGAACAACUGUCAAAUGAGGACUCCAUUUCUUUGACGAAAGGAUGCAGAGAGGGGUACGCACAUGUGGGGGUGGUCAAUCAAGAACUAUGGGAUAGCGCUGAACCAGAUGACGGUCCCGAGCGUCGGUUUGAAAUUGCCAUGUUACAGUUUAACAUGUUUGUAAGAGAGACCUUGAAGCUGCUUCUAUCAGAACCAAUAAAAGGCAGAUUAGGAGAGUUCACCAUGAAAAAUAUCACAGUUCGUGGAAAACCAUAUAAAGCUUUUUCCCACGUUCAGACCUUGACAUUAAUGUGGACUAAAUACAGUCCUGUAGAUAACCAUUCAAAUACAAAAGUGGAAAUACUGUAUGAACGACAGACACAAGAGGAGGUAGAAAUUUGUGUUGAUCUUAUGUCUUGUUGUCAUUCUUCACUAUCUGCAUUCAACAAUCUCCUUCCUAAAAUGUCUUUGAAAAAUGAAUUGCUGAAGAAAAAUGGCUGCCACAUCGUUCUGAAAUCAUGUGAAUCCGCGCAGUGUGUGGAGAAUCAGGCAGAAUGUCGGCUUAUUUCCUACACUAAGACAGAACAGGAAUGUAUGAAGAGACUACACGUAAAUUGGAAGAUGGUGUAUAAGGUUUUAAAAUGGCUGUUCCAUUAUACGGAUAUUCUGGAGAUAGACACUUACAAAAUCAAGACGGCCGUUCUCUAUUGCAACACGAAAUCCGGGGCUGAUAGUGGCAUUAAUCUAGGAGAGGGAUUAAUAAGGGUUCUACGUGAACUAAGGAAGAGUGCCUAUCAUAACAAGUUACCUGGAUUUUUCAAUUCCUCGCUGAAUGUCUGGAAUAUUAGUCCCUGUUAUCAGUAUCUUGUCAAAUAUGAGAUCAAUUUUCUGCUGAAACUUUUCAAUAAAAUGCAGAGUGUACCAACAGAUAAUGACAAUACAAAUUUACAACAAAACAUUAAUGUUAUCAAUUUGUGGCUACAAAGCUUUUGCUCCCAUGCUGCAGAAAUCGCAGAAAUAAAGAAAUCAAGAUUAACUGGAAUGGAUUGCUUCAACUGGCAGGGCAACGUGUUCCUAGAAAUCAUGCGAGAUAUGGAACCUGUUCUCAAAUGUCACAGAAGGUUUGCUUGGGUUCCGUUUCAGAUGAAGUGUUGUAUCCUUGGCGAUGUUUUCAAACUUCUGACAAUUAUACUUGUCAAGAAAAUAUCCAGUAUGUGGCUAGUACUACUUUAAAUAUCUGUCUGAAGUUAAAAGUUAUCCAACAACUUCCUGCAGGGUCAAGGGUUUUACAAUUACACAUGUAUAUAUUUUGCAAAUGUUUGUUUUCUGAGUGUUCUUUGUUUUCUUUUUAGCAAAAUGUCUACUGAUUGUGAUUAUUUGUACAAUUAUAUAAAACCUCAGAUAUUAUGUAAAAAAGAAUGAAUUAUAUUAAUUGAAUGUUGUUUGGUAACAUUGACAGUUCUGGUUAUAUGCACAGCAAAUGUGUAAGCACGGGAAAAAAAGUUUGCAGAAAUCAGUUCUAGUAUAAAUGGAUUAAUUAAAAACAGGUUUCAUAGGAUUCAAAAUCAUUGUCCAGAAAGUUUCAUAUGUUGUUGUUGGAAUGGAGUCACAUACCUAGUAGUCAUUUGAGGAUUUUUUUUUCAAUGAUAUUCAUGAAAUCUUAUACUUACUGCACUGUACAUGCAUGCCUAAUUAGGAGAGUCAGCUUUCCUAACAAUUUUAUCCACAUUUUCAUUAAAAAAGAA